AUGAGCCGACAAAUUGCCGUGAAUCUUAACAACAAGGGUGUCCUCUGCCUGAAAGAGGGUAAACUCGUUGAGGCUUUUGACCUCUUCCGAACGGCACUGAUGAACGUAUCAGGAGAUGUAAAUUGCCCCCAAGAAAGUUUCCGAUGGUCACAGACUCAACCAGCUUCAUCUGCUCCAGCUGCCAUUUACUCCGUAACCAACAAUUCGUCAUCUACACCGUUCAUGUAUUCUUCAGGCAUUAACCUUCUUUCUUCUAUCACAGCUUACUCCCUCGAAUCGUCGGUGAAUGACACUGUGUUUUCUAGCAUAGUCAUCUUUAACUUGGCAAUUGUCUAUCAUCUGAAGGGAUUUGAAUGCAGUGGGAGUCAAUCUCGAAUACAAUUCUUUAAGGCUAUGUCAUUAUACCAAAAAAGUUACAUGCUCUUGGUCGCUGUGGGUGUGCUCAAAACGGCCACAGGCAAUGCUGUGGUCGACAUGGUGUGCAUGUCCGUAUUCAACAACUUGGCUGAAGUUUGUUUUGAGCUGUCCGAUUUCUCAGAAUGCCAGCGCUACUUUGUCUGUCUUAUGCGUUUUCUCGAUUCAGUUGCAACUUACAUUUACGACGACGAUCACACCUCCUCAAUGCUGUUCCAGGCGAAAAUCAACUUUUUACUUAAUGCUACUCUUCUCCAGGAACCCUUUUUGGCGGCCGCUGCUUGA